AUGAUCUACGGAAGCUACAAGGCCACGCAGUUUCGCGCCAUGCUGAUGCGGGCGCGGGGCCGCAGCAGGCAGGAGAUCAAAGAGCGGCUCUGGGACUCGCAGCACGAGUGGGCGGGGAGACAGAUGUACAAGCUCUGCAUUGACCUCAGGGGGUUCUAUUUGAAGGUGCCGCCGAUGACGGCUGACCGCACCGCCGAGGUGCUGAAGCGCGAGCUGGGUGUUGAUGAUCUGGGGGAGCUGUUUGAGUGGAUCGACCUGGAGUCUCCCCUUGGGUCGGCCUCCAUCAGCCAGGUCCACAAGGCGGAGCUGCGCCGCUUCUCCCCCGCACAGCUCCGCCAGUUCUCCCGCCAGCGCCGCGGCCGCGCCCGCCGCGUCGCGCUGCUGCCCGGGGACACCGCCUGGUCCGUCUGCAACGACGCCGGCGUGUCCCUCGCUGAGCUGGCGGCCGCCAACCGCGGGGUGGACCUGGAGGCACUGGGCGCCGGCGACGUGGUGCGCGUGCCCGAGGUGCUGGCGCUGCAGGAGUUCCAGGACAGCCACCUGGCGGGCCGCCUGCUUGGCAGCGAAGAGGUGGAGGACGACGGCGCGGGGGGCGCGGGCGGCUGGGGCGGCAGCAGCAGCAGCAGCAGCGAGAGCGAGGGGAUCGGGUGGAUCGGGGGCACCAGCAGCGGGUGGGGCAGCAGCAGCGACGGCGACCGCCGGCGCGGCGCGAGCGUCGCGGAUGAUACGCUGCUGGGCGGCAUCACAGGCGGCGCUGUCGGCCCGCUCGGCGGCCUGGGGCGCCUGCUGGACGGCCUGCGGCGCGCCGUGCCGGGCGCGCGGCUCGCGCCGGAGCGGGAGGAGCGGCCGAUCGCGAGCGGCGCGGCGGCGGCGGUGGCGCACGCGGUGGCGGUCGGCAGCGUGCCGCGCAGCGGGCUGGUGGCCGUCAAGGUGCAGUACCCUGACGCACUGCAGGUGAUGACUGAGGACCUCAUCAACCUGAGGGCCAUCAGCGCCUUCCUGUCAAAGACAGAGCUCAAGUUUGACCUAGUGUCGGCGGUGGACGAGCUGCAGAAGCAGAUCCACCUCGAGGAGGCGCGUGUCAUGGACGCGAUCGCGACCCACCUGGCCCCCAUCACGUCACGCGUGGCCGUCCCACGCAGCGUGCCGGGCCUGGUGACUCAGCGCGUGAUGGCGAUGACGUUCAUGGAGGGCACCCCCCUGAUGCAGCUGCAGGACAAGGUGGCGCACCUGCCAAAGUGGCAGCGCGACAAGUGA